AUGCAUUAUACAGCUAAAAAAAGCUCUGGUUCCUAUCAUUUUCAGAGGCCCAUAAAACUACAUUUGCACCCCAACACUGUUGCAAUGGCUGAGAUCCUGGAAGACCGUGACAAGCUGAAGAAGGGCCUGGUCAAGGUGCUGCAGUGCGUGGCCACCAUCUCCUCAGCUGCCACUGUGGUCAACCCAAUAUUUGGGGUAGCUGGCUCCUUGAUCCGGGUGGUUCUGCAUCAUGUAGACGACGAGGACAUCAAGACACUCAAGCGGGAGUUUGGCAGUGUAAACCGGGCCCUGGAUGAGAUCUCCCAGCAGAACCGCAAUGCCCUGCUGCAGAUCAAGAAGGAGACCCUGGACAGCCAGUACUGCCACGUGGAGGAGAACCUGCGCCACCAGUUCCGCAAGUUCAUGGAAAUUGUGGAGGCCCGGCCCGAUAACCGGAACAGCAAGAUUGAGGCCUUUAAGGAGAGCUAUGCCGAUGACCUGGGCGACCAGAAUCUGUACACUCUCUAUGAGGGUGUGAUGGGAAAAGCCAAGCUCUUCAGCAAGCCCGUUCUGGAGGUGUACAUGAAGCACUCACAAGGUGAUCGCCGGGUAAUGGAACGCCUGUGCACCCGCCUCACGUAUCUCUUCUGCAUCGGCCUCAUCGCCCUGAUGGGCUACAGUGCCCUGAUCGAAGAUGAUGAAGAAGGCAUCAGUGAAGAUUGGGCAGCCAAGAUGGAAGACGUGCAGGAGAGGAUGGAAGAAGUACUCAGAAGGUGCAAGUGAUUCCUCGGAACCUCCCCAUCGCAAAUAACCCUGCCUGCAUUCUCCAACCACUUCCCCAACUUUGUCUUUCUCUGGUGAUUCUGACACCAUUUAAAUUUCUUAGAAUUGAAAUUCACAGCUAUUCUUUGGAAAUUGUAUAAUGGUAUGUUUGGCAUGAUUGGAAUUAUUUUUUUCUAUUAUUGUCUUAAGGCAAAUCUUAUUACAGCUUGACAAACUAUGUUGAAAUAUGCAGAUGCUACUAUCAAAAGUAAUUCCCACCAAUACAAGAAAACCCACUAUGUUCACUUCUAUUAUGUGGAAGCAGUAAUAUGGAAUGUUGGCUUUUUCACUGAACUGAAGUUCCAAAUAACUGCCAACCAUACAACAAGACAGGCCAGUGAACAUAUAAUGUUGUUCUUUCAACAUUAUAAACAACACUUGCCAGUAGACCAGCACUAGACCAUAGUUUGCCACGUAAAAAAAAAAAUUCCAUACCAAAAAUAAGCCACACAAAAUUGGAUAAAGACAAGCCAAAGCUGGUGACGGGUGGGGGUGGGGGGUUGGGGUUUGGGGGACAAUGAUGCAAGUACCAUAACCUCACAUACAACAUGCAAUUAUUUUGUACACUACACCUUAAUAUAUCCUCAACACUACAAUUCUACAUAUUGCCAUCUAGUUUGUCAUGCAUUGUUUGCCCAAUUGAAACUUUACUCAUAUGAACUGACAUGUAACCAGACUAUUUUAUAUUUUAUUUAGGUUUCAAUCAAGACCAAGUGAUCACUACAUAUUUUUUUAAUAGUAUUCACAGCACAGAUAUACAACUAGAAUGAUGCAGUAAAAUUAGAACAGGUGGAAUCUCUUUCAAAAUGGGAAACACUAACAUAUAUUUACCUGUGAAUAAGACAAGGUAGCUGAUUGUUCUCUGUCUCAAACACUAACUAUCAUGU